AUGGCCUCACUACGAAUUCCUGCCAUCCGCCGGCUUGUAGCCGCUCCGAUACGCGCAACUCGAGCUGCCAACCAGCGACGAUGGGCUCAGGUUCACGACAUCCGCUUCCUCGCAACAACCCAGUCUUCGCAGGUCGUCGUCGAGAAGUACCGAGAGAAACUCAGCCAGAAGGCUCAGAAGGAGGGACUCGAGACAAUUGACCAGCUCAAGGCGGCCUACGCUGACAAAAUUCAUGCCGAGCGUCGUAAGGGUGCUAUUGAGAUUCCAGUUGGAACAAUCCCUCAAGCACCCGAAACUCCAGUCGUUCAGCCCAACGCAGACGACCCCCCUGGUCAAGACCAGCCCGCUAGAGAUCCUCGCGAUGCUCCCACAUCACCUCCUAAACCUCCUCCGACUGGCGCGGAUAAGCCAGCUAUCAAGACUCUGAAUGACAUCAUUGAUCUCACGAAGGUGCGAGAGCUUCCUGAGAAGGAGCUGACAGCUAUCUGGCGUCUACGACAUGCUUCGUCCGAGCUUAAUCUCUGCGCUGUCGUCCCAGCAUCGACAUAUAAGGUUAUGGAAGACGCUGCUCGAAAGGCGCCUCAAUUCGUCCUUCCCGUGCCACACCCUGCUCAAGGUGCAGAGAUUCACUUCCUCCAAUGGACCUUUGACGCUGAGACCAAAACUAGCACCGUUCUCUUCACCCAGCUUGCUGAGUACAAGAACCGAGGCGAGUUUGCGCAACCUCACACUACUAUCACACACCACCUCGACCUCGCGAAUGACCGGGGUCUCAUUCUGAUGCAAGGUCAAGUCGUCCCCGACCGAGGAGUCACCCCAGAGAACGCCAAGUGGCUUCUUAUGUCUCUGCAGCGAUUCUACGGCGGCUGGGAUGGCGACAAUGCUGAGUUGAGUGGAGAGCGCAAAGAUAGGGCUGAGGAGCGAAAGAAGCUGCUAAGUUGGUUCGCAGCUGGUGAUUCAAGAUUCAGUGUUGAGAAGCUAUUGGAAGAGUCUGAACGCAUGGGUUGA